AGUUCGAUAAAAAGCUUCACCCUCGACCUGAAUGAAACUUUAAAGCGUAGCUGGCAAGGCAAACUGGUUUCAGUUGCACUCAGACUUCUCCACGGGCCGGUCGAUCCAGAUAGUUUGAACACAUUUUUUACAGAAAUAAAAAUUAUCAUAGUUGGGGAAAAUGCUGCUAUUAUCUCUACUGCUGGCAGCCAUUGUGGCUGUGCAGGCCAAUUCUGUGGAGCAGGUAUUCAAAUCGCAUGAAGUUGUUCCCGACGUCAUUCCCCAAGCGCCAAACCAGUUUCUGGAGGUCAGCUACAGCAAUGGAUUAAAGGCCAAGGAGGGCGUGGAACUAACUCCCACGCAAGUGAAGGACCAACCCAAAGUCGAAUGGACUGCUGCCCCGUCCGACUACUAUACACUUAUUAUGACCGACCCAGAUGCACCCAGCCGUGCCGAACCCAAAUUUCGUGAAUUCAAACAUUGGGUGGUGGUCAACAUACCUGGCAAUGAUGUUAGUGCCGGUGAAGCUUUGGCCGAAUACGUGGGUUCUGGACCACCCAAGGACACUGGACUGCAUCGCUAUGUCUUCUUGCUUUACAAACAGCCCGGCAAACUGCAAUUCGACGAGGAAAGCGUGAGCAACCGCUCUAGACGCGAUCGUCCAAAAUUCAGCGCCGCCAAAUUCGCUGAAAAGUACCAUUUGGGCAAUCCAGUCGCCGGCAAUUUCUAUCAGGCUGAGUACGACGAUUAUGUGCACACACUUCACAGCCAGUUGUCGGAGUCUUAAAAGGAUGAAUAUUUGUGAGCGUUUGAAUUGAAUUUGUGCAUGAAUUUUAAUUAAACUAAAGUGAAUAGCGUUUGGUUUUAUUGA